AUGGCGCAAAUGGCAGAUCCCAGGGAGCCUCAACGUCCUCAGUAUCCUCCAGUGGACAGCGCACCUCCUCCAGGAGAUUACUACGCGCAGCAAUCGCCUUCCAGGCCUCCAGUGAGGGAUGACCGGAAUCCGAACCCGUACGCUCACCCUCCACCGCCGUCAGACCCAGCCCGUCAAGGCCAGUAUGCGGACCCUCGAGCAGCGCAUCCGUAUCCUCCGCCUCCGCCUCAAGGUUGGCCGCCGCAACAUGCUGGCUAUCCUCCACCUCCUCACUAUUCGGACCAUCAGCAGCACCCGGCGUAUGCCUAUCCCCCGCGGCCCGACCUUGCUCAACCGCCUCAACCGAUGCAGCCUGAUGCGUAUCGCCUCCCCCCGCCGUAUCCUCCUCCAGGAUACUAUCCUCCGCAACACUAUCCUCCUCCACCACCCGCCGCGGCGCCGAGACAGCGGACAGCCAUUGCUUGCAAGUAUUGUCGAAAGAGAAAGAUCCGAUGUUCUGGCUACGACAGUUCUCCCGACGGACGGUGCCAAAAUUGUGUCCGAUUCAACCAACAGUGUCUGUUCCAUCCCGUGUCGUCGCAGGCUGCUUUCGUUCCGGCCAACGCUGUUUAUGGGCCUGGAGCCCGCGCCCCUGUUGCUGGCCAAAACGACCGACCAGGACAAAAUGGACAUUAUCCCCGGGAAGGAGAACCUCCAAUGCUCUAUGGUGCCCAUGGCCAGCCUCUAGGACCUCCAAGUCAAUAUAAUUACCCGCCGCCGCCACCACCACCUCCUGCUGCUGCUGCUCCUCCGGCAGCACACGGAUAUCCUCCCCCGGCGGCCUAUCCUCCUUACCCAGGCAUGGCCCCUUAUCCUCCUCCUCCUGCUGCUGCUGGAUCGCCUUACGACGCACAGGGGCAGGCUCAGCCUGUCCUGCAUGAUGAUCGUGUCAGUCUUAAGCGUCCCCCUCCUGAUGAUGACCCGCACAAUGAGAAUUCUCAUGUAUCCCAGUCUCCUCAUCCCACCACUCGCCCGCGACACAGUACGUACGAGUCACGCGCCAAUAGCAGUGGUAGCUACGAGUAUCAUGAUCCCAACAACAGCGGCGCACCAACGUCGCCUGCUGUGUCCACCAUGAGCUACCAAUCUUAUCCUCCUCAGCAGCAGCCGCCUCGUUAUACGAAUGGGGCACAUUCUCAGAAGGGCAAUGCUUCACCAACAUCAGGCCUGACCCCUCAGUCCGCCCAAGGCUACAAUUCUCCCCAUCAUAGGCAUAGCCAUGAAGAAGGGAGGACCCCUCCUCCUGCCAAUCAACCCAACUCUGCCGGCUCUUCGGCCAAUGGGAGGAGUGGCAUGAAGGUUCACGAAAUGUUGGGCAACCCUCCUGGAGGUCUUACUGAGCAGCGAGGUCGGAGUGACAAUGAGAUGCUAAGCAAGCUCGACGGCAAGAAGCAAUAA